UCUUUAUUAUUAAUGAAGAGAAGAAAAGAAAUCUGAUCUACCCAUUGAAUGUUUGAACUGGUAUAUUCAUUCAUUGAUUGUCUGAGAGUCUUCUUAAAAACCUCUGAAAAACCCAUACAAAGAAGCAAUCAGAGUUGAUCAAGGAGGGAGGCAGUGGAGUUGGAAGCAGCAAGCAGUGAUUUUUAUUUAGUUUUUAUAAAAGUGGGUUCCUCCUCCAAAGACCCCACAUUUGUUUGUUUUCUCGAGGACCCUCUACACACUUUUGAGACAUAUUUUCAAAGGAGAGAUCCUCCUGUGCCAUUAAUGAGUUUCAAAUCUUGAUGGCAGUAUUUACUCCAUAGGGUGACAAAACAAGCUAACAGAAUAAUCAGGUUUCAGGGAACUACCUUUUAUUAGAGAGAGAUUGAUAGAUAGAUAGAGCUUUCAAAGUGGAGGAGAAUAUACAAAGACACCCACCACCCAUGAAGUCAUACUCUUUGAAAAGAAAGCUUUGAACUUUCACUUCAUCAGAGAAUGAUCUUAUAAGUUGGAGGUAUGUAUUCUUUGCAUGGCUAAUCAUAGAAUUGGAGAAUCAGUCCCAUCAUCUAACCACCAACAGCAACAACAACAACAACAUAUGGCUUAUGCUAUGCAACAUGGUCUCAACACUUCUUCUUCAUCAUCCACUAAUUUCGUUACACAACAAGGGUCUCAUCAUCAUCAUCAUCAUCAUGCUUUUGAUUUUGGUGAGCUAGAAGAAGCAAUUGUUCUUCAAGGAGUUAAUAUCAGAAAUGAUGAUCAUCAUGAAGCUGCUAAGAAAUCUUUUUAUACAGCAAGACCAGCUGCAACACUGGAAAUGUUUCCUUCAUGGCCAAUGAGCUUCCAGCCUGCUGCAACUCAAGGAAGAAGUUCAAAGUCAGGAGGAGAAAGUACUGAUGAUUCAGGGUCAGGGCAGAACACAUUUUCAUACAAUAAUAAUCAACAUAAAGCUGAGUUUCAAUUGGAACCAGAAUCUCCCAUGAGUAGUAAAAAGUCAUCAAAUCAAUUUCUUGACCACCAAAAACAACUAGUGGAAAUGGAAAGUGAUUUGCAUCAAAACCACCACAACACCAGUGGGAGUACUAGACUUGCAGCAGGAGGAACAGGACUAGUACAGAAUCAACAACAGCCAAAAGCAUUGGAAAAGAGGAAAGGUCCUGGGUCAAGUUCAAGCAAACCCCUUGAUGCAAAAGUGUUGAGAAGAUUGGCUCAGAAUAGAGAAGCAGCAAGAAAAAGCAGAUUGAGAAAAAAAGCAUAUGUACAACAGCUUGAGACCAGUAGGAUAAAACUUGCUCAACUUGAACAAGACUUACACAGAGCAAGAUCACAGGGCCUAUUUUUAGCAGGUGGAAAUCUGACUUCUGAUGCAACAAUGUUUGACAUGGAGUAUGCGAGAUGGUUGGAAGAAGAUGAGCAACAUAUGUCAGAGCUAAGAACAGCGUUACAGUCUCACUUAUCUGAUAAUCAUCUUAGGAUACUCUUAGAUGGAUACCUCUCUCACUAUGAUCAGAUCUUUCAUCUCAAAAGCCUCGCCACCAAAUCCGAUGUUUUUCAUCUCAUAACCGGAAUGUGGACUACACCCGCCGAACGUUGCUUCCUCUGGAUGGGAGGCUUCCGACCCUCGGAACUCCUCAAGAUAUUGAUGCCACAGUUGGAUCCAUUGACAGAGGAACAGUUAAUUGGGAUAUGUAGUUUACAGGAAUCAUCACAACAAGCAGAAGAAGCUCUUUCACAGGGACUUGAGCAACUUCAGUAUUCUUUAUCAGAAACUAUAUCAAGUGGUACUGGUAAUAGCAGUAAUGCUUCUGGUGUUAGUAAUAAUCCUGUUUCUCUUGCUAACUUCUCUCAUCAACAACAUGAACCUGGCAAUGUUGCUGACUUUAUGGGUCAUAUGGCCAUGGCUUUGGGCAAACUCUCCAAUUUAGAGGGCUUCCUUCGCCAAGCUGAUAAUUUGAGGCAGCAGACGCUUCAUCAAAUGCGUCGUAUUUUAACAGCCCGUCAAGCAGCACGAUGUUUUCUGGCGAUUGGUGAAUACUAUAACCGAUUAAGAGCACUUAGUUCGCUUUGGGCAAGUCGACCUCGAGAGCAGAAUAUCAACUUAUUCAGUGAUGAAGGGUCAUGUCAAACAACUACAGAUUUACAUAUGGUCCAACAGCAGCAACACAGUCUUUUUUCGAACUUCUGAUCAUAUAUCCCAUGCGCGGUUUGCUACUAGUACUAUCUCGCAAGCUUAUACCAGCUCGUCCAGUAUGCGGAUUCGGCAUCGACUAAACUGACUAUUUAUAAAUUUCUAGAUGAAGAAAAUGAUCACCAAGAAGAAGAUAGCUAGGGUGUGUAUUCAACAUUUAUAUAUAUAUAUAUAUGUAAAUCCAAAACCAAUUUCAUAUUGGGUUAGCUAAUUAAACUCCUUUUAUUAGAAUUAGUCCAAGGAAGAAGAAUCAUUGUAAUAGUUAAGGCAGAAAAAUUUAGAAGUGCAUGAUUCAAUCCAAAUUCUAAGUGCAAGAACAUGUUUGUUUG